AUGCAUUUCUCCCAAGCUGCGUUGUUACUCUCGUCAAUUCUUUCCAUUGAUGCUUCCCCAAUCCCCAGAGGCUCAAUCGCAAGAGAUUCUGGAGACUUUUCUGGCCUUUCUUCUUUUUAUGCUGCUGCUUUUGAAAAGCGGCGUACUCUAGGAUCCCUACGAAGCGAGAAAAGAGUGAACAACGCCACGACAUCUGCUGAACUUCAGGCAAGAUCCGCACAUCAGGGAUUGGUCUUUGUGGAUAGACGCGAUAAGAAUGAGUCCAAGGCAGCGGAAUUGGAGACAAGAAAAGCCCUUCACGAGUUCACCCUUAACCGUAACGAUUUAGGUGACAUAUUGGCUCCAAUUCCUGACAAGCUAAAAGAUGGAAUAAAAGAUGCAUUGAACAAUCAAAAAGGCAAGAAAAAGCAAAGUAGAGGCACGUUUGAAAAAGUCGCUGCCGAAUCGCAGUACGAUGCUGGCAAUAUCCAGAAUACUAAAAGGCAGGAUGGCGACAGCACACCGGAGCCUAAUCAAGAAUCUGGUGGGCUAACUGGAGCAAUAAACGACUUUGGCAACAAAAUCAAAAGCCUGUUUGGUAACUUUAAAACAAGAGAUGUUUUGAUGAACAGGGGCGCCGCUAACAGUACGACUCGUUUUAAUGAAACACAAGGGGACAAACCCUCACCCGGGUCCGGCUCUGAUGAGGAAAUAAAACAGAAACGGUUUGUAAUCAUACCAAUCGAGGGCGAGAACCCUGUGGUACUCGAAGAUCCAGAAGAAGAUCAGCCAAUUUUUGACGAUCUUGUGUUUCCCUCUGCAAGCGAUGAAUUGACCAGAAGAGAAGAAACAUUGGGAGCCGAGUUUCUUCUUCCGCAAGAACCUGAGUCGGAGGACGAGAAGCCCGCUGAUGAUAUCAGCAUUGGAGAAACGAUAGCAUCUCCCGGAAAACCAAUUAGAAUCACAGCUGAAAAAUUAAAUAAGCGACAGUUACUCCCGACCAUUUGCACUAUCGACGAUCUUGUAGACGGUUUGUUACCAACGGCUUGCAACCGCAUUAAGUGUUUAGAAUUUGAUGGUCUAGGAAAUGGAGCGACAUGUUUCAACGCCAAAUAA